AUGCUGCAAGAAUCAGAAACAUGUUUGGAGCUUAGUGGGCGUGGUUUUACAAUUAUACCAGUCAUCCCAAUGGGAGGAUUUGGAUUAUGUGGAACCCUGCUGAUAUGGUGCUUAGGAUGCAUGAAUAGUCUGAUCAAUUUCUUAUUAACCCUUUGGCAGGAUAUUGAACAAUUUUCUUGCACUACUCAGGAUCCCUGGAUUAUAGUGGGUGACUAUAAUAAUGUUUUGCAUACUAUGGAUCACAUUGGAGGGAAUCCAGUUCAACAUACUGAAAUUGUAGAUCUGGAGAACCUGAUGAAUGCUGCUAAUCUGUUUGAAUUGGAUACUAUAGGUUAUUUUUACACUUGGUCCAACAAGCAUAAGAAUGAUCUGAUCUAUUCCCGUAUUGACAGGGCCAUUGGUAAUAUGGAAUGGUUUCAUACAUGUCCUAACUACAUACUGGAGAUUUUAAAAUGUCACAUUUCUGACCAUUCCCCUCUGAUACUUUCUCUUCCCGAGUUUGCUCCUUUAGCUAUCAGACAUCAAGCUAGGUUCAAAUUUAUAAACAACGUAGUUGAGCAUAGUGAUUUCAAACAGGUGGUUGAAAAUAGUUGGAAGCAUAGAGUUAAUGGCAAACAUAUGUAUAUGUUGUGGAGAAAGUUGAAAAGGCUUCAACCUUUUUUGAGGAACUUGAAUAGAAGGAUAAACACUGGAAUUAUUAACUGUUGUAGUAAGCUUGAGAAUGCAAAGAAUAAUCUGGCCGGGGACCUUUUCAAACAGGAGUUUGCUGCACAGGUUCAAACCUGGUCUAAAAAAUUAAUGGAAGCUACUGUAGAGGAAGAGAAGUUGCUAAUACAUAAAGCAAAGAUCAACUGGCUGCAACUCGGUGAUGGCAAUAAUGCAUUCUUUCAUGCUAUUUGUGAUGCGGUGGGAGAACUAACUUGA